UAUUGAAAAUAAACUAGCUAACACUCUCCGAUUAGGAACUGAGUGAAAAGUCGGAUGUGGUCAUGUUCUACUAUCGGGUGAAAUGUCAUAUGUAAUCAUGUUUUACUAGAAUGUAGGAUCAAUAUGACCUUUUACCCGAUCCCUGAUGAUUUCCUUUUGAUCACUUCGACAUAAACUGAAUUCAGCUAUUGAUAUAUUGUUAAGGGACAUGUAGUAUAUUUGACUAGAUAGGAAGAAUUUAAUAAAAGAUGCUUAUGAUAAUGUGUUAACCACCUGAUUCUCAAUUCGCAAAGUUCCAUGAAUAUGAGGAGUGGAGGAAGCUCUGGUGCAGAUAGGAUUAGCAGUUUGCCUUGUGAUCUUCUUCAGAAGAUAUUAGGAUGCUUGUCUUUGGAUGAUGCCGUAAGGACAAGUGUUUUGUCAACAAAAUGGAGGUACAAGUGGGUAGUACGUUCCGAACUAGUGUUUGAUUAUAACAUCAACAAAGAACUCCUCCUGAAAACAAGUAUUUAUAAAGUCCUAUUGAUGCAUCAAGGAGAAGUACAUAAAUUUAGCCUCUUGUACCCUAGCUCCAACCUUUUUUCUGAUAUUGAUAAUUGGAUUCUGUUUUUGUCGAACAAAAAUGUCCAGGAAUUAUCACUUGCAUUUCUUACAUGUUUUCGCCUCCCUUCUCACCUAUUCAAAUUUCAGGAUCUAAAGCACCUGGAACUUAAUAGUUGUAAAUUCCACCCUCCUCCCAACUUUAAAGGUUUUCGAAGUCUUGUUACCCUUAACUUUCAAGUUGUAACCUUUGAGCCCAUGUCAUUUCAAGUCUUCCUUUCAAGUAGCCCAUUACUUGAGCAUGUAUUAAUGGUUUGCUGCAGUGAGUUUGAUAGCUUCAUUAUUGAGGGCCCCAAUCUAAAAAUCUUUGAAUUCAGCGGCAGAGCAAAUUCCCUUUGCUUUAGAAGAACCCCUCUGCUUGAGGAAAUUGUAUUGGGCAUGCCUUUUAACAUGUUGGAGUCCUUUACAGUACCAGAGCCUCAGUUAACACUAGACAACAUCAAAAUUUUGAAUUUCAAGAAUUUGAUCUUUACUAUGGUUGACUGGGUUGCAUACGUGCUUGACUUGAUCAAUCGAUGCCCCAACAUAGAAAGGCUUCUAAUUACGGUUAAUAAAACUGAAACAGAAUUCUUGAAGCAUGUAUUGGCAUAUGCAACUAAACUUGAGAAAAUAUACAUUGCGACUUCUGCAGAUAUCCGUCAUAGGGGAAUGAAAAUGAUGGAGGAGAUGAAGCAAUUCCCUUGA